UUCUACUUCACAUGCGUGUUCUGAAAGGACAAGGUAGCGACAAUCUCGCUCCGGCAAAGUAGUGUAGUUCUUUAGUUUACAAUGGCUCCCCAGACGUCGCGAUGGGCGAUUCCAUUGGUUGCUGGUCUUGCCGCACCUAUUGGCCUAUACAUGACCUUUCUCUUGCUCGGCUCUAUCCCUUUCUUCCAGAGACAUUUCUUUUAUGCGCAUAAAAUCAAUACGCUCUUCUGGCAUGAUAUAGACAAGCCAGAGGAAUGGGGCUUUGCGAGAAACCAAGUUACUCCUUUUUCGAUUGGCACCGCCGACGGGGAGACCCUAUACGCAUGGCACAUCAUGCCUUUGCCUAUUUAUCUCAGAAACGAAGACAGACUUCAAGCAGAACCGCACGGCUUUGUCAAGGACUUCACUUCCACUGAGUCUUUCAAAAUCCUCAGAGAAGAUCCCAAUGCACGUCUCGUCAUUAUGUAUCACGGAAAUGCUGGCCACGUAGCGCAAGCAAUACGCCCGAAUAGCUACCAUACGCUGACUGACAGCUCAAACUACCAUGUCCUCGCGAUUGACUACCGUGGUUUUGGCAAAUCAACUGGUGUACCAUCUGAAGCCGGGCUGAUCAACGAUGGUGCCGCCGCAGUUAACUGGGCCAUAAACGUUGCAAAGGUUCCAUCAAGCCGCAUUGUCAUCUUGGGCCAGAGCUUGGGUACCGCAGUGACUAGCGGAGUCGCUGAACAUUUUGCUCUUCAGGGUAUCGAGUUUGCUGGAGUCAUUCUUGUCGCCGGCUUCUCCAAUCUACCGGCACUACUCAGCAAGUAUAGUGCUGCUGGAUAUAUACCAGUCUUGUCACCACUGCGAGGGAUUCCGCCACUACUUCGCCUCGUCCAAUCCUUUAUCGUAGAAAAGUGGAAGUCUGACGACAGAUUGGCUACAGUCGUCGGACUCGCGCACAGUAGACUUCGACUGACACUAAUUCAUGCCAAGAACGAUUGCGAUAUCCCAUAUUCCGAGACUGAUGCCAACUUUAGAUCAGCUGCAUUGUCUCUCAUUGGCACGAAAUUGGACGACGAAGAAUUUGCAGAGUGGAAGAAGGAAAGAACUGUGCUGCGCGAGGACGGCACAUAUAUAGCAAUUGCUAAGGGCGACAACGGUGUGAUUAUUCGGGAGGAGCUCGUACCGUACGGUGGGCACAACGAUGUUAUGUGGUCGUCUCCGGUCGCGCUUGCUGUGAUGAGGUCGUUCGAUCUUGAGGCCUAGAAUAUGCCUCGAUGGCACGUUUGUGGGAAACGAGGGUUUGAGCCAUGGGUAAAUUAGACAAUAAGAUGUUAAACAAGUUUUCUAGACUAAAUAAAUACUUUCUACUUCGUGA